AUGGAUUCCACUGAUAAAAGCUCAUCAAAAAAUAUUAAAGCAACACAAGGCUCGAUCUAUAAUCCGUGGAAUUUGUUUACUACAAGAAACCGUACCGAAAGUGAAACCAGUGUGAGUUCAACAAGUUCACAAAACAGUCAGUCAGGUACUCAGUACGGUGGACUUCAGAGGCAAACAACCAAAAAUAAUGAGGAAUACCUUUGGAUGAUGUGGCGUUCUUAA